AUGAGUCCCUCUUCACAUGAAGAUGAUUUGAUGGUUAUCAUUGAUAAUAUGUGCAAUUUAAAUUUAUUGUAUAUAGGUGCUUACUUUAGUCGUGACUUGCGCUUAUCUACUAUAGCUACAACACAUGCUAAAACCACAUUAAGAAAAUAUUUUAGAAAGGAUAGGUCGUCUUAUCGUGUUGUGGUAUAG